AGUUUAUUUUUAGGUAUUUGGAAUUUAGAUAUUUGAUUUACACUUGCCAAAUCCAAAGUAGUUUUAUUUUAUGUCACUCAUCUCGAUCGACUGUCAAAUUGAACGCGUAGACAAUGACGAUUCCAUUGCUGCAUCGCUGCACCAGAAUGGUGCUGCUGAAGAAGCAGAUCAGGCGCAAGGGCCAGCAUCUGAGGGGCUACCGACACCGGGCUUAUCGCCGGCUGCGCAUGAUGCGGCAGAUACGCGAGGAGCUGCUCCAGAAGGUGCGCCAGGCGAUAGAGGCCAGACAGAAGGAUAUGGUGCAGAUGCAGAGGGAUCAGGCACGGCACGAGGCUGGCCGAAUGCUGGCCAUGUACCAGAGAUGGCUGCGCAGUUGGUCCAAGUCGCUGUUGUCGCAGCGCCGGCUGAUCGGGCAGCAGGAACAGCUGGAACGCCGGUUGGAUCGCAGGCUGCGCCUGUUGCGCAAACAGCUGGGGAGGCAUCGCAAGCCGCAGCAACUGCUGGACAGCUGCUUCUCGAAGCUGAGAAAGUCCCUGCAGAGGGCCUCGCAGCUACAUCCGACCAUAGAGGGCCAGGCGCACAUCUGGCAACAGGAGGCCGAGGAGGUUAGACGCUACUUGUCGCAGCCUCACGAGAAUCGAAAGGUGUCGCGCAAGUCACGUAGUCGAAAGAUGCUUCACGGGUUCUCCGAUUUUUGGGAAACCGAGGUGAUCCGCAAGAAAGCUCCCCGGGCAGUCCCAAUGACGACCAAGAAACUCAAGUCCUCCGGUCAGAUCUACGCCGUGCCAGAGCUGGAUGCCGAGCAAUCGAAGCCAAAGAAGAAAGAGAAAAAACACGCUGUACCCGAAUCCGAAACCGAACUCGUUGAGGAACAUUUGAAUGAGUCCACGGAGAAACUGAAGAAGAGAUUGAAGCACCGGGAAAGUGACAGUCGCAUCGCCAAGCCAACAAUUGAGGAGCUGGAGCAGCUGUAUGCGGAACAGGUGGCAGGACGCCACGCAGGACGACAAUCAAAGCCAAAACAGACACAAAGAAAAAGCCGCAGACGAUCAAUAAAUCGCCCCCAAAUGAAUCUGAAGAAAUUGCUAGAUCUGGACAGGCCCUCCGAGGAAGUCAGCGUAAAAAGUAAAGAAGUGGGAAAAAAGUCAGCAACUAAAAGGGAUCCGAUGGACAGCGGCCCAUCGGAAGGCGAAGGCACCAGUGCAAAAGAAAAGGCAAAACGAAACGAAAAGCAAAGUAUGCUAAUCAGAAAGCGCAAAGAGAGUAGUGGCCUGCCGCAGAAAAAACAAACGCUUUCUAAUUUAGGACCGCAAUUAAAAGCCGUAAAAAAGCACCCAAAGAAGCGACCAGCUGCAGAUAAACCGUCAAAGUUGAAUGUUCGUCGACAAAAGUUGGCAGACAGCCGAAUAGCCGAAAAGAGUGAGCAAGAAAAUGCCUUGACGAAGGAGAAAAUAGCUGAAAAUAACCAAGAUCCGUUCACACCUAAAAGAGACAACAAACAAAUCAUAGCAGGAGAUUUAUUUGCGAUGGGAACUGAGAAUCAGAAUUUCAACAACUUGGAGGCAACGGACAGCGAAAUAUCUAUGCACAACAUGUUCAUGAUCGACAAGCAAGCAACGGAAAUUGAAGCGAAACCAGUUUCUCGAAAAUCUGCUGUGUCCGUAAAGCGAAGGAAAAGCAAUUCUCAGUCCGCAAAGCGAAAGAAAGUCAAUGCCGAAGUCAAGACAAUAGAAAUUACACCAAUGGAUUCGUUCAUGCCGAGCAAACUGAAAUUACAGAGACCCGAAGAGCCCGGUCCAGAAGGGAAUGCCCCAAAAUAUUUAGAAGAGGAUAACAAUGAAAGGACGGGGUACAGUUUCCACUUGAAGGACUUGAACUCUGACCCAAGGUUCUCGGGACUGCAGCGCCUGCUGAAGGACGUUAUUGAGCAGAACAGUGUCCUGGAUGGCGUGCGCGAUGUCCACGCUCUAAUGUCAGUUGUGGGCAAGCAUAAUAUGUGGAACAACCUGGCGGGUCUGCACAAGGAGCUGCAGGCGACGGGCAUCGAUAAGUCCGAUAUUGUGGAGCUUCUAUCGAAGAAGUAUCUGGAUUAUCUCACGGCGAUUGUGAACGAGCAUGUGAAAAAUCCGACAGCAGGGUUAAGGUCUGCCAGCACGUCCAAGUACAAAAUCCGUAUCAUUGAUGUGCCAGCCGAGAUAGCCCAGAACAUCGGAUGGCUCAGUGAGCAUACAAAGGGGCCCCAGGAUUUCGAGGAAAGUCCCUCGCAGCCCAGCCUCUACGAAAUGGGCAAUGCCUCUGGGGUAAUGGACAGAGAUCUGCUGAAGAAACUAAUCGCUGAUGAAUUGCAAAUGGAACGCGAUCUGCGCGAGGAACGGCGCAGGAAACUCUUCUCCGGCACCUCCGGUCGAUUCACAUCAACGUCCAGCAUGUCCCUGGGUGAAAUCGAGCCGAACGAACAGAAGAACCUCGAGACUGUCGAAGUGCGAUACUCCGUGAGGAGCAUACGAAAUAUGCUGGAAACGUACACGCAACACUUUCAGUCGUUGGCCAAGAGCCCCGUUCUGCUGGCCCUCGAGAAGGAGCGGAGCAUCACCGAGGCCAAGCUGAAGGCCAUGCGGGCCAAAAGUUUGGCCACACGCCCACAGACCUAUACGGGCAAACGAAGGCGUUUCGCUAAGAAGAAGAAAGACCUUCGUACCGCCCAACAAUUGUUCUAUUCGCCGCGCCAAACGUGCCGCGUGAAGCACCUCAACGAUUCGGACGAUUGCGAGUGUAGUUCCGUGUGCUCCGAUGAGACUUUGGUGGAUGUUUGGCCGCGUGUCUACGAGAAGUGCCCGCGAUGCGGUGUCAAGGUCGAGCUGCCCUCGCCCACGCCCCCCGGAAGCGUUCGUUCCCUGUCCCAGAGCUCCAUUGAGGCGUGCGCCAAAAACGAAUUGAUGCUCAGCACAGUGGCGGACAUUUGCAUCCAUUGCGGCUAUAUACACGACAAGUACCAGGCCUGCCCCCUGCUGCCCAUCUGGCCAGACCCGUUAAAGCAUCUGCGGCGCGUGGAAGAGGCAGCUAAAGCCAACAAUCUGCUGGAGCCGCCCCAGGAGAAGAAGCCGGAAGUACUCUUGUGCUGCUCGCCCUGUGGGAUCCUCAAGAAGGCCACAAGAUACGCCGAUCGGUAGAUGGCAGACUGCAUGGUCUCCCUUUGGAUGUGGCUUGGGGCCUCUGGAGUGGAGAAACUUUUUCUCUGCAGUGGAUAAUACUCGCUUCUGCUGAAAAGGGGUUACAAAUCAGCUGGCUGAAGCGAAGGAAACAUUUUGUUUAAGUGCUAAAUAAAUUCCAGUAAUGAGUUUGCCUCGCCCGUCCGGGGCAGGCCGACGCGUCGGUCGUCCUGCA